AUGACAGCAGCGGGCAUUCAACCGGACAACUUCGCUUUCCCGGUAGUUGCGAAGGCCAUUACCGGCCUUCAAGACCUGAAUGCUGGAAAACAGAUUCACGGGUCUGUAAUCAAACUUGGAAUUCCUCAAAAAGACCAAGUUUCUUGGAAUUCAAUGAUAAACGCAUUGUUUCGGUUUGAGGAGUGGGAAUUGGCAUUAGAGGGAUUUCGAGCGAUGCAACUGGAGAGAAUAGAGCCUAGUUCUUUCACCUUGGUGAGUGUUGCGCUUGCUUGUUCUAAUUUAAAUAAGCGGGACGGGUUGAACCUUGGGAAGCAAGUCCAUGGGUAUAGUUUGAGAGUAGGCGAUAAUAAAACAUUUACUAACAAUGCUUUGAUGGCUAUGUAUGCCAAACUAGGUAGAGUUUAUGAUUCAAAAGCUAUUUUUGAGUUGUUUGCAAAUCGUGAUAUGGUUUCUUGGAAUACCAUUAUAAGCUCCUUCUCUCAGAAUGAUCAGUUUUAUGGGGCAUUGACAUUCUUUCAACUUAUGGUUUUUGAGGGAAAUAAACCGGAUGGAGUUACAAUGGCUAGUGUUCUCCCAGCAUGCUCGCAUUUGGAGUUGUUAGACAUUGGGAAGGAAAUUCAUGCCUAUGCUUUGAGAAAUGACGAUUUAAUUGGAAAUUCUUUCGUGGGUAGUGCUUUGGUUGACAUGUAUUGCAAUUGUUGA